UUAUCAACCGUACCCGGCGUACCAGCACACCACCAACGCACAACAGCAAAAACCCAGCAACAACAACAGCAAUUAGAAAAACAAGAACUUAGCCACUCAACGCAUCCAUUACAUCAGCCGUCGCCACGCCCGUACACUUCCCGCUUCGAGCAACAGCAAGCACGCCAACGACAUCAAAACCAACAACAACAACAACAGCCACAGUUGCUGCAGCAACAGCAAGAAAUAAUUUUACCGCCUCCACCACAACAGCUGCCAACGCCAGAAAUGUCGCCACAACAGCAACUACCCACGCACGCUGGCUACCAGCAACCAACACAACAACCACAACAACAAGAAAUACAGCAACCAAUGCAGCGCCAACAGCAGAUUCAGCUGUUGCAGCAGCAACAACAAGCCACCACAGCGGCACUGCAGCAACAGAAACAACUGCAAUUACAGCAGCAGCAGCAACAACAACAACAAUUGGCUAACGCCACAUUUGCAGCCAAUUUUAGUGCAUUGCAGCAACAACAGCAACAACAACAACAACAGCAACAGCCUAAUACAGCUGGCCCUGCAGGGAAUACUGUCUUCAAUGGCAAUUUCUUUGCGACGACGUCAUCAGCACAGCAAUACACGUACGCAGGUGAAUAUGCGGCUUAUAAUCAAAAUAAUAUUAGCAGCAGCAGCAGCAGCAGCAGUGGCAUGAAUGGCAAUAAUAAUAAUGCGUUAAAUGCAACAAAUAGUAAUAAUCGACUGCACCAGCACCAAAUGCAGCAACAGCAAGCGUUUUUGCCAUUUCCCGCAAAUAAUCCAAAUCCAAAUAAUCGGCAUAGUCAAUUCGAACGAAAUCAGCAACAACUGAGUCAGCAGGAAUACAUGCAACUUUUGCAACAACAACAGCAACAAUUUCAUUUGCAACAACAGCAACCACAACAGCGUCAAUAUAUCGGCAAUAAUAGUAAUAAUAAUAACAAUAAUAAUAAUAGUAAUCACAGCAAUGCGCUUAGUAAUCAGCAGCAAUUGCAUUUGCAACAGCUACAGCGCGCCUUGUUAGAAAGGCAACAGCAAAAAUUGCAGCAACAAUCACAUGAAAUACCAAUAAGAACAGUGGUUGGCGGCAACAGCAGCAACUCCCUGCCGCCGCACCUAUCACCGGCGCUCAACAAUGGCGGCGAAUAUAGCAGCAGCGACGGUGGCGGCAGUGGCAGCGCCGUUGGUGAUGGCCUUGUCAGCACAGUUGACACAGUGGCUGCUAGCGAUUGUCGAUUCUCGAUGGAUGCUUGCGAAAUAGCAAAUUUUCUGGCUAAUGAGCUUUUUAUGCAGCAGGUAGAUAGAUAGAUAUUUAUGUAGAUACGUACAUAUGUACAUAGCUAUAGCUAUAUAGGCAAGCAGGCAGGCGUGCAAUGUACAUGCAUAUAUAUGUAUAUAUAUACAUACCCUGUCGGAAAAUUAACUACUUUAGAAGCAUUUUAAUAAGCGUUUUUUAGUUAACUACAAGUGAUUGAAUUUUUUUUUUAAGCAAUUUACUUUAUUAACAUGGCGAUGUCGUUGUUGUCCGACUCUGCAUGAUGAUUCCAGCUACUCUCAAGUAAUUGUGAACUAACUAGGUAUCAAGAUUUUUAUUUUUAAAUCAUUGCAAAAUCGCUAUUUUGUAUACUUAUUUUUCCGCUGGAGAAUAAUCGUUAUUUUGGAUUUGAAUGUUGUUUCGAUCAUUUUAACCAUUAUGAUGGAGACGGCGUUUUUAUGACACAUUUAAUUCAUAUGCGAUUAAAAAAUU